UUCCGCCCGGCAUUUCAUCCCUGCACGAACCGCGGCGUUCGGUUACCGCGUCCUGCCAGGUGGACCCAGCGGUGGAGGGGCACGGGAGGAAAGGAAGAAUGCAAGCAGCAUGUCUGCCCACUCCAUGCUCUGUGAGCGAAUAGCCCUAGCCAAGGAGCUCAUCGAGAGAGCAGAAUCCCUUUCUAGAUCCAGAAAAGGGGGCAUCGAAGGUGGUGCGAAGCUGUGCAGCAAACUGAAGGCUGAAUUAAAAUUCUUACAAAAAGUGGAAGCUGGGAAAGUAGCUAUUAAGGAAUCUCAUUUACAGAGCACGAAUCUGACACACUUAAGAGCCAUCGUGGAAUCGGCAGAAAACCUGGAAGAAGUUGUCAGUGUUCUUCAUGUCUUUAGUUACACAGAUACCUUGGGAGAAAAGCAGACCCUGGUGGUGGAUGUCGUUGCAAAUGGUGGUCAUACUUGGGUGAAGGCCAUUGGCCGCAAGGCUGAAGCUCUGCAUAACAUUUGGCUGGGCAGGGGCCAGUAUGGUGACAAAAGCAUCAUUGAGCAGGCUGAAGACUUCUUGCAGGCCAGUCACCAGCAGCCAGUGCAGUACAGCAACCCUCAUAUUAUCUUUGCAUUUUACAACAGUGUUUCCAGCCCCAUGGCCGAGAAACUGCAAGAAAUGGGCAUAUCUGUGAGAGGAGACAUCGUGGCAGUUAACUCUCUGUUAGAUAAUCCAGAAGAAUUCCAGCUGAGUGGGUGUGAAUCCGAUGAUGAGGGCCCUGAACUUUUGCAGGUGACCAGAGUAGACCGCGCAAACAUACUAGCAAGUGUGGCCUUUCCAACAGAGAUUAAGGUCGAUGUGUGCAAAAGAGUCAAUCUGGACAUUACUACUUUAAUUACAUAUGUAUCUGCCCUCAGUUAUGGAGGCUGCCACUUUAUCUUCAAAGAAAAAGUCCUCACAGAACAAGCCGAGCAGGAGAGGAAAGAGCAGGUUCUGCCUCUGCUGGAGACGUUUAUGAAGGACAAGGAACUGUUUGCUUGUGAAUCUGCUGUUAAAGAUUUCCAGUCUAUUUUAGAUACCUUAGGAGGACCUGGGGAGCGAGAGAGGGCCACUCUGCUAAUUAAACGAAUCCAUGUAGUACCAGACCAGCCUUCUGAGCGUGCCUUGAGACUGGUGGCUAGUUCGAAAAUCAAUAGCCGCUCAUUAACCAUUUUUGGAACAGGAGAUACCUUGAAAGCCAUCACCAUGACGGCCAAUAGUGGUUUUGUCAGAGCUGCUAACAACCAGGGUGUUAAAUUUAGCGUGUUUAUCCAUCAGCCCAGAGCACUUACUGAGAGCAAAGAGCCCUUUGCCACCCCUCUACCAAAAGACUACACAACGUUGGUGAAUACUAAUAAUAUCCUUUAAAUAUUCGCAUGGAAAUAAGUUACUGAUGUACCAAAGUUUCAGUCUUUCCAUCUAAAAUUGGAAGGUGGAAAAAGAAAAAAAAGGCUUUUAGUAACUAAAGAUAAUUACUUAGAGCUUAUACGUCAGUAGUUUUUCAUGUGUCAUCUAUAUUUCGUGUAUAAGCUAAAGUAGAAAAAGCACAAGAAACCUUAAUUUUCAAAUUGUGAUAGCAAUGAGGAACAAAAGUAUAUUUACAUUAAGUUUGAGCUAUAUUGCUGUAGUUUCAUUUGUUUGAUUCAGUCGGGUUAUGACUGUCCACAGCCCCCAAGCCCGCAGUAGAUAAGCGCAUUUCAUGGAACGUAGCUACACUGCACCCUGCAUUAAAUCUCUGGAGACAACUGUCUUAUUUUUCAUUGUAUUGGUGUAUCAAUUGGUGUGGGUUGAGUCUGAGAGAAAACAGCUUAUCAUUAAUUUUAGAUUUUGAAAGAAAAAUUAUGGCCAUUCGUGAAAAGAAACUUCUAUGGUUGCUAUUUGUCAGGCACAAUAUGGUGGGCAUAUUUAUAAAGACUACAUAAUGCAGAAGACAUGAAAAUAAAGUGAAUUCUGAUCAUGUGA